AGUCAGGGGGUGACAGUCACUGCCGAGGACUGCUCAUCAUGAUCCCCACAAUCAGCAUGGAGAACCAGACGGAAAUUUAUAGCUACGGCGCGUACUUUGCACCCCUCAGGUCGAACGGCCCAGGGGAUGUAGAGCUGCUGGGUGCAGGGCUUACGGGCGAGGAUCUAGCGGCGGUGCCAGAACAUUGGCUAGGGUUCGCCGCGCCGCCGGUUAGUGCGCACACGGCGCUCGCCUUGCUCUAUAUCUUCUUUACCGCUGCCGCUUUAAUCGGAAACGGUCUUGUAAUUUUCAUCUUUUCCACAACAAAAAGCUUACGAACUUCAAGCAACCUCCUGAUUUUGAAUCUUGCAAUUCUGGACUUUAUCAUGAUGGCGAAGGCUCCGAUUUUCAUCUACAACAGCGCGAUGCGAGGAUUCGCUACCGGUGCGUUUGGCUGCCAGAUAUUUGCGGUCAUGGGUGCUUACAGUGGCAUCGGCGCUGGCAUGACUAAUGCUUGCAUCGCUUACGAUAGACACUCAACAAUUACUCGGCCUCUGGAUGGUCGAUUGUCACGAGGGAAGGCACUGUUGAUGAUUGCAUUUGUAUGGAUAUACGCUACUCCUUGGGCAUUAUUGCCGCUAUUCAAGAUUUGGGGCAGAUUUGUCCCAGAGGGAUAUCUAACAUCGUGCACCUUCGACUAUUUGACAAAUACAUUUGAUACAAAGCUGUUCGUAGCUUGCAUCUUUGUUUGCAGCUAUGUUUUCCCAAUGUCUUUGAUCAUCUACUUUUACAGUGGAAUUGUUAAACAAGUAUUCGCUCAUGAAGCAGCUCUAAGGGAACAGGCUAAAAAGAUGAACGUUGAAUCUUUGCGUUCCAAUCAGAAUACAAAUGCGCAAUCGGCUGAGAUCCGAAUAGCAAAAGCGGCGCUUACUGUAUGCUUCCUAUUCGUAGCUUCGUGGACGCCUUAUGGAGUUAUGUCACUCAUUGGAGCUUUCGGUGACCAACAACUACUUACCCCAGGGGUAACAAUGAUUCCUGCUGUAACGUGUAAAGCAGUUGCCUGCAUCGAUCCAUGGGUUUAUGCGAUUAGUCAUCCAAAAUACAGGCAAGAGCUUCAACGACGAAUGCCAUGGCUCCAAAUUGACGAGCCUGAUGACACUACAUCAACAGCCACGAGUAAUACCGUUAGUUCAGCACCACCAGCUGCCUCUGCAUAACUCUAGUCUCUCACAAUUAACCCAUACCUCGCUCAAAAUGAGACACUUACUCAUUUUUAAUGUUAAGCAAAUUUUUAUCUAUACAAUUACGACCACGGCUUGCUAAUGGACUUCGAAAUUAUGCGUCUUA